ACCUCCUACCAAUCUAAUUCUAUAUAUAUACUUUAUGUACCAUUCAUAUAUAUUAGUGUUCCCCCGCUACAUCUUUUUGCCCAUUCAAACUAGAAACAAAGAGUUCUCUCCCAGAAAUGGAUAGAGGAGUAGGCAUUUUUCUUUGUCUCUUGCUUGUGACCAUGGAUAUCUCAGCUGGGAUUCUUGGCAUUGAAGCUGAAAUUGCACAAAACAAGGUUAAGCACUUGAGAUUGUGGAUAUUUGAGUGUAAAGAUCCAAGCCAUAAGGCCUUCAUGUUGGGAUUGGCUGCAGCAGUGCUUUUGGCAUUAGCCCAUGUUAUAGUCAAUUUGGUCGGUGGCUUCAAUUGCCUUUGUUCUCAACCAGAGGCUGAUAAGGCUUCUCCCAACAGACAACUCUCAAUGGCUUCUCUCAUUUUAACAUGGAUCGUGUUGGCCGUUGGAUUGAGCAUGCUGGUGAUAGGGACUUCAUCAAACAACAAGUCAAGUGGUUCUUGUGGUUUCACUCACCAUCACUUCUUGUCUACUGGUGGAAUUUUGUGUUUUGUUCAUGCCCUAUUCAGUGUUGUAUAUUACGUUUCUGCCACUGCCUCUUAAUUAGCGAUUAAGUUAACUAGACUGAGGCCAAUUCUGCUUGCUUUAUUGUUUUAGGCAUUUGGCUUUUUUAAAUGUUUUGCUUUACCAAAUGUGUACUAAGUUAGAUUAAACAAAGAAAUGCAAUCAUUCUUAUUGACCACCUAA